UGGGAAUACAAAUCGCCAUUAUGUUUGUUGAAAACUAAGAUAAAAUGCCAAAAACGAAAGGAAAACAAAAACUGAAGAAGGGAACCAAGAGAAAAUCUGGGAAGGCUAAACGCAAAGGUCGGUCAUCUCGGCAGAAAAAGCCUAAACAUGAGAUUGAUAUUAUGAGCCUAUGUGCCAUGGAAAACUUGUACUACAUCGCGCACAAUGCACCGUGUGCACUGAUGUUUCGUGGUUUUCGUUGGUCAAGGUUAAAGCCAAAACAAGGUAAGGGUAAGCGGAAAGGGAGAAAGAAGAGGAAAAAAUAACUAACUUGACGUAUCACUAAACACCAUACAAGAUGCUUCCACUGAGAUGUUAUCCAUUAUUUAUUUACUUAUUUAUUUAUGUUCACAGAUAAUUUCUGUUGUUUAUGAUAUUUAUUUCAUAGCUUUUUCCAUAGCAUGUGCAAAUAAAAUUGUUACUUAAACCAA